AUGUCUCACAUUCAGCAAUUGCCAUCCUAUUUACUUGAUCUCAUUCUUCAAUAUGUUCCAAAACAAGACUGGGCAGAAAGUCGACUCGUUUGUUUAAAGUGGUAUCCAAUAUUUACAAAACGUUUAUUCAAAAAAGUCAACAUAACAUGUAACUCGCGUCUGGAGGCCUUGUUGAGGUUCAAUGCCAUGGCUUUUUCUCGACUGGUUCCAGUGGGAAGCUUCAUCAAAGGUAUCGAAUUACACUAUAAUAAUCAUCAAGGGGGAACAAAAAUACUUUACCAACACUUUGAGCAGUUAGUUCGAUCUUGUCCACAGGUUGAAACUCUGUAUGUUUCUUCCCUUGUGUUCAGCAGCUGCAUAUCAGCCUAUUUACUUUUGAUGGAUGACCAUAUCAAUUGGAGCCUUCGAACAAUACGCGCCGGUUACUUCAAUUGUCUCACUCUAGACCACUAUUACAAGUACAAAGACUCGAUUACGGCCAUGCAUGAGCCAUUUGAUGCUAAGGACUUGCAAUUUAUAAGGCAUUUUCCGUUACUUGAAGAGCUUAUGAUGCCUACCUAUCUUCCUAUGACUGCACUACAAGACUUUUUGCUCAUCUUUGACGUGUGUGCUAAGCUGUCAAAGCUCAAUGCAACGAUAAACAUGGAUGAUGGUUUAAUCACAAUGGUUCCUCAAGAUUCGUAUCCUUCCUUAACGCAUAUAUCAAUUAAAAGUCAAAACUCGUAUAUCCCAAGGGUCAUGGUUAACUAUAUCACCGCAAGAUGUGUCAACCUUUACUCGAUUAUCCUUACCCUAAUGUCUCCAGAUAUACAUAAUGGCCUCAAUGAGACAUAUAAUCAGUUAUUAGGCUUUCUAUUCAGACAGACUAAACCAACAUGUUCAUUAAGACUCGAGUUCAAUAGAGAUGCCGGUGUAGGAGCCCAAGAAGUAGAUGAUAUGAUCUGCGAAUGCCUGAACAGCACAUUCAGGCCACGAUCUAUCAAGGUACACAAUUCACUAAAAAUCAUUGAAAGAGCAUCUAGCUUCAACAGCACAACAUUUACCACCACGCUCGAAAAACAAGAUAAUAGGACUCAGUGCGAGGUCAGGAUGCAUGUAUCUUAUUUUGAUAAGGGUUGCCGAUCGGAUCAAUACAUGAAGAGCUCACCCGUGUACGUCGAUACACUGUCCAUAGAUUGCAUUUAUCGAGACUCUAACUUUCCAGAGGACAUCUUUUUGUUUAUAGCAAAGUGUCGUCGUCUCCAAAAGUUAACACUAUGCAAUAAUAACUUGUAUUCAUUUCAUGGCUACGUCUACAAGACAAUACGAAGCUUACAUAUAUAUGAUACUGGUGUCAGUGUUGGCUUCUUUCGAAGGUUGCCUAAUAGCUGUCCUAAUUUGAAAAAGAUGUGUUUGACAAACAUUAGCGUAUUGCACGAGGAAUCGGGUGAAGUGGGCGGAACAAUUGAGAUGCCUGGGAUCACACUUCAGGAGCUUUCUAUGGAUAUGGGAGCUAAAAGCAAAUGGCUAACUUAUGUAACGACCCAUAAAGGAUGCUCUUGUUUCUUGGUAGAGCCAGAUAAAAGGCCCAAUGAGCUAACGCAUACAGAAGCUGACAUGUUAAAUGGCGAGAUAGCCCUCAAAAACCAAUACCAUAUCUGGUGUCAUGACAUCUUGCAAUUUGAAGAGCACCUUUGUGUUUUGCCAGCCGAUAAAGAUACACCCUGA